AUGAAACCAAUGUGUUAUAUUCAUAAUUUCAUUCUUAAUCCAUUGUUUAAUCCUAGUCACAUUCCAGAAGGAAUUGUUCCCCCUCCGUAUUAUGCUACCGGAGACCCAGGUUCAGCUCCGAGUACGCCGGAGAUCAAGGAUGAGACGAGUAUACAAGCAAUGAGAAGAUCAUGUAAGCUUGCCAGACAAAUACUAGAUAAAUGUGGACAGUUGGUUAGACCGGGAUUAACAACAGAUGAAAUAGAUAAAUUUGUCAUGGAAGAAUCAUUUAAAGCUGGCUGCUAUCCUUCUCCCCUUAAUUACAGAAAUUUCCCGAAAGCUGUGUGUACUUCUGUUAACAAUUGUGUUUGUCACGGUGUACCUGACAGUCGACCCCUGGAAGACGGAGAUAUUAUUAAUAUUGAUAUAACAGUGUUCAAGGACGGAUUCCAUGGAGACUGCUCCGAGACAUAUCUAGUUGGUAUUGUUGAUCAGAGUGGUGUUGAGCUCCUAGAUAUUUCUAGACAGUGUUUAUACACAGGAAUACAACAAUGUGGACCAGGGAAACCUUUCUCAGGUAUAGGGAAAGCUGUGGAGAAUCUUCUGUAUGGAACACGGUUCCGAGUAGUUCCUGCUUUUACUGGCCAUGGUAUUGGUCGAUAUUUUCAUGGUCCUCCUGAUAUUUACCACUGCAGGAAUAGAUAUCCUGGAGUAAUGAAACCAGGAAUGGUGUUCACAGUAGAGCCUGCUAUAUCGGAGGGUUCGGAUAAGAUCUAUAUACUGGAAGAUGAAUGGACAGCAAUUACUACAGAUGGUUCGAGAUCAGCACAGUUCGAGCACACAAUUCUUAUCACAGAAACUGGAGUGGAAAUUCUUACAGUGGGCCCUGAGCAAGAAAAAGAAACAUAGAAGUUUUUACAUUUAAUAAUAAAUAAAUUGUUUGAUAUGUUUUAGUUCAAUUAUACAUUAAUAUUCUGUAAAGCGAAGACGACUUGUUCUUCUUAUUGCGUUGUUUGCAACUCUGAAUAUAGGUUUACAUUGAGCGCGGAGAAUAUUUGUUCUAUAAACAGACUGAGAUUCUGUUCGAUCAUUUCAACAUUUUGCAACAUAGACAGCUAUUUUAAAUCAUUUCUUAUAAUGAGUUCAAGUUCCGAAGGCUUAUUAAUGAAUUAAACUUUACAUGGCAAUAUCGUUUUAAACUUCAGA